CAGGGGGCAGGAGAGACACACAAUAUUAAGGUAGCCAGCCAAUGCUCGCCAGGAAAAAAUAGCUGGUUUUUUUUUGUUGUUUUUUCCUUUUUCUGCUGUCGUGCGAGGAAGUCUCACUUUUUUCCACACACGCUACGGGGUGACGACAUGCAAAGUUUAGAAAUGCAGUCUGCCGUAAAGCAAAACCUCCACUCCGAGUGUGAAGAAGACAUCAACAAGCUCAUCAACCUCAAACUGAGUGCAUCUUACACCUACCUGUCCCUGGGCAUGUAUUUUGACAGGGACGAUGUUGCCCUGAAGAAAUUCUCUAGUUAUUUUUUAGAGCUUUCCGGAAAGGAGCGAGAACAAGCUGAGAAGCUGCUGGAGUAUCAAAAUACACGAGGGGGUCGUAUUUUGCUGCAGACUAUUUCUAAACCAAGUAGGGAAGAUUGGAGAGGCGGUCUGGACGCAUUGUCGUUCUCCCUGGACUACCAGAAGGCAAUGAACACUUGUAUUCUGGACGUGCACAGCAAGGCUGGCACCCAUACUGACCCACAUCUGUGUGACUUCCUGGAGCAGCACUUCCUCGACGACAGCCACGACACCAUCAAGAAGCUGGGCGACUACGUCGGCAGCCUGACCCGCAUCACCGCGUCCGAAAGCCACGGCUCCAUGGGAGAAUACCUCUUCGAUAAACACACCCUGUAGAGACCAGCAUCUUACAGUGAAAACCAAGUAGCAACCACCUGGCAAAAUAAUGUUUAUGGUCAAAGCUAGAUUUGUACUACAAGAAAACCAACUCGCCUCAAGUAUCUCAAUACCUCAUAGCUAUGGUGCUUACAAGUAGUAUUUUCCUACUCCAUCAUGUA